GGGUGCGGGCCCCGUCCCUCCCUAACUCCGGGUGUCUCUUGCAGCUUGGCCAACAUCCCAUUGACUCCAGAGACCCAGCGGGACCAGGAGCGGCGGAUACGCAGGGAGAUCGCCAACAGCAACGAGCGGCGGCGGAUGCAGAGCAUCAAUGCCGGUUUCCAGUCUCUGAAAACGCUCAUCCCACACACGGACGGGGAGAAGCUCAGCAAGGCGGCAAUCCUCCAGCAAACGGCUGAAUACAUCUUCUCACUGGAGCAGGAGAAGACUCGGCUACUGCAGCAGAACACCCAGCUCAAGCGGUUCAUCCAGGAGUUCAGCGGCUCCUCCCCGAAACGGCGACGAGCGGAGGACAAAGAUGAGGGCAUUGGCUCGCCGGACAUCUGGGAGGACGAGAAGGCCGAGGAUCUGCGGCGGGAGAUGAUCGAGCUCCGGCAGCAGCUCGACAAGGAGCGCUCGGUGCGCAUGAUGCUGGAGGAGCAGGUUCGCUCCCUGGAGGCCCACAUGUACCCCGAGAAGCUGAAGGUGAUUGCUCAGCAAGUGCAGCUCCAGCAGCAGCAGGAACAGGUGAGGUUGCUGCACCAGGAGAAGCUAGAACGCGAGCAGCAGAUCCGAACCCAGCUCCUGCCAGCACACGGUCCCCCAGCGCCCACCCACCACCCCACUGUGAUCGUACCAGCGCCGCCUCCCUCCCAUCACGUCACCGUGGUCACCAUGGGCCCAUCCUCUGUCAUCAACACAGUCUCCACGUCCCGGCAAAACCUGGACACCAUCGUUCAGGAGCCCGACGCAGGCGCCGGCCCCGAGGAAGGGGCCUCCGAGGAGCAGCCUGAGGAAAAGAAAACGGAGGAGCCCAGAGCAGCGUCCGCUCCUGAGGACGGAGAAGGCGGCGACAAGGGGAGCUCCGAGGAAGAUGACGAGGAGCAGGGAGAGUCCGAGGAAGAGGGAGAUGAACAAGGAGAGUCCGAGGAGGAUGGAGAUGAACAAGGAGAGUCAGAGGAAGACAGAGACAAAGGAGAGUCUGAGGAAGAGGGAGAGGCAGAGGAAGAGGGACAGUCCGCGGAGGAGGAGGGUGCUGGCGCAGCGGGGCCCGAAGAAGGAGCCGAAGGAAGCGACAAGGAAGCAACCAGCGCUUCGGAGGAGAACGGCCAUGAUGAAGACGCAGCCGCCAGCAAGGGAGAAGCCACAGCUGGCGCUGCUCUCAGCCUUUGCCUUCACAGGGAAGGUGCCCAAGAGCUAAUUCAGAUUGCUGUGCCGGCCGUGGACAGGCUCAAUGAGUUCAUGUUUGUGCCAAAAGAGAAACCCAGCUCAGACUCUGUGGCUUUACUUGGCAAGUCAAAAAGGUCUUCCUCAGCCCGACACCCGGGAAAAAUUCAGAGGAGGCUCUUGGGCCCGUCCCAGAGCUGCAAGGUGCCCCGUUUGGCCAGGGGGCCCAUAGCCCAGCACAACCCAACAAGCUGGAGCCACGUCUAUUCACAGACCUACGCGAAACCCUGA